AUGGAAGUGGGUUUCUCCACUGCAGCCUGUGGUUGUCCCAGCAGACGUGCAGACGCGGCAGCCACCCGUCCCCGGACGCCCCACGCCCGUCCGCCGCGCACUCAUCCGCCGUGCGCCAUUCGCCUCCGCACCAUGCGCCAUUCACCCCCGCACCAUGCGCCACUCGCCCCCGUACCAGCCAUGUUCUCGUACUCGUUUCCCAACCGUCCCACCAUCACUUCAAUCUGCACGACAAUGGGGUUUGGCGUUGCAGCAUGUGGUUGUCCCAGCAGACGUGCAGACGCAGCAGACCCACGCACCCCACGCCCGUCCGUCCUGCGACCAUACGCCGCGCAUCCUUCCGUCUUCCGCCCAUACGCCCCGCGCACCCGUCCGCAGCGCUCGCGUCCCGUGCGCGCAUCCGCGCCUGCGCUCAUCCGCCAAUCACCUCUGCGACUGCCAUCCCGUCACCGCGAGUGUCGUCCAGUCUACACCCACGAAGACGUGCGUGCCACUCCAUCCCACACCCAGCGAGUUUGCCUCUUCAAAAACCUGCAAGAGAAGGGGAUUGGGUGGGUGUCUCCCGUUGCAGCCCGCGGUUGUCCCAGCAGACGUGCAGACAGAAGCCACUGGCAACUCGUCAAUCCCCCUCGCGUUCGCUCUCGCCCGAAUUUCCAGUCCGCACAACCGCUCGACACCCGCACGCCCCCGCGCGUGCACCCUCGCGUGUCUUCCCAUUGUCGCAGCACCCUUCGUCCUGAAGCCGUGGCGACAGCAGAAACCCGCGCCUCUCACACUUGCCGCUUGCAUACUUCCCUCAUGACCUGCAAAGAAAAGGGGAUUGGGUGGGUGUCUCCUGUUGCAGCCCGCGGUUGUCCAGCAGACGUGCAGACAGCAGCCACUCGCCACUCGUCAAUCCCACUCGUGCUCGCUUCCGACCAAUUUUCCGUCCACACCCGAUCGUCGCCCGCACGCCCAACACGUAAAUCCUCACGCAUCUUCCCAUCCGCUCGCGUUCACAUCCAACUGCUUAUCCAUCCGCGCACCCGCUCGCGACCCGCACGCCCCCGCGCGUGCACCCUCAAGCGUCUUCCCGUUGCUGUCGAGCAGACGGCAGACAUACGCGCAUCCCUCUCUCACGUCGCUCGCCCCCCACCGACCGCACUUGUCACUUCUCACGACGAUGACCUGCAUGAAAAAGGGGUUGGUGGGUGUCUCCCGUUGCAGCCCGCGGUUGUCCAGCAGACGUGCAGACAGCAGACACACGCCAAUCGAUCACGCUUGCGCGUUCGCCCGUUUCCCGUCCACAUUACCGCUCGUCGCCCGCACGCCCCUGCGCGCAUGCAUCCUCAGCGCGUCUUCCUAUCCGCUCGAGUUCGCACUCGCCCAGUUAUCCAUCCGUAUAACCGCUCGUCUCGUCCCCCGCGCGCCCCUGCGCGCAUCUCCUCACGUGUCUUCCCAUCGCAGCCGUGCAGACAGCAGACACAGGCGCGCCCCUCAUUUUCUUGUUACUACUGUGCUUCACGACCUGCAAGAAAAGGGGGUUGGGUGGGUGUCUCCCGUUGCAGCCCGCGGUUGACCAGCAGACGUGCAGACAGAAGCCACUCGCCGCGUGUGCAUAUUCGCCAAGUUAUCCAUCCACGCACCCGCUCGCCACCCGCACGCCCCUCCGUGUUCAUCCGCGUGUGCCUUCCCAUCGCAGCCGUGCGGACAGCAGACACACGCGCGCGUCCCUCUCUCACAUUGCUCGCCCUCCAUGGAUCGCGCUUCAUACUUCCUUCGUACUUCUUUCUCACGACCUGCAAGAAAAAGGGGGUAUGGUGGGUGUCUCUCGCUGCAGCCCGCGGUUGUCCCGGCAGACGUGCAGACAGCAGACACACACGCGCGCGCGUUGCCCUGCGCCAACCUCCCCCCGCUGACGUCUCGCUCGCUCGUGCCCUGCACCGCCUUUCACCACUUCCGUCUCCGAUCGCGUCCUCCCACCAACGCCCACGGUUGACCCAGCAGACGUGCAGAAGGCAGACGCGCGCCACUCAAUACCGUUCCUCGCCCAACUCGUUCGUUCAUCGUCCCUGA